AUGCAUUCGGUAACGGCCCUGUUGGCCGCUGCUAUUGCAUUGUUAUUUGCCUACUUCUUGUUCCGCAGUCCGACGCUCAAGAGAAACGGAAAACCCCUCCGACAAUCUCUAGGCCGACUGCCAUUCAUUGGGAAUGGCCUCAUCUUCCUGCAACCACGCAAGAAACUCUUCGCUUGGUUCGUGAAGUGUGAGCGUCAAUUUGGGUUUGAGACGUUCCAAAUAUCGGUUCCUACGCUUCCACCAGGCGUGGUUAUCAAUGACCCAAAGAAUUUGGAGUAUGCACUCAAAAACGAAGGAAUCUUCUCCAAAGGAGAUUUCGUCAAGUCCAGGUCAUGGGAUCUCUUUGGCAAGUCAUUCUGGGACAGCUUUUAUAGGAAUGGAAUCAUCAAUGCAGACGGUGAACUUUGGAGGGUUCAGCGUAAAGCAGGUGUGAACUUUCUUAGCAAUGCCAACCUAAAGAUCCUUACGGAGGCUGCCUUACCUACAUAUCUCAAGGAAACCAUCAGUAUCCUCGAGACCCCACAGCCCAACGAUGUUGUAGAUCUGUCCGCCAUCUUUCAUGAGCUUACCACCCAGCUUUUCGGCCGCAUGGCGUACAAUAUGGAAAUGCAUCAUUCUGAUGCUUUCACAGAAGCCUUUGAUUACGCCUCGGGUGCAACCACCGAAAGAUUUCAGAACCCUUUAUGGAAAGUCACCGAACUCUUCUUUGGACGCAAACUCCGGAAGUCAAUCGCACAAGUCAAAGCCUUUGGUUCCGAAAUAGUUGCAAAGGCCGUCUGGGCCAAGCAAAGCAAGCAGCCAGUCAGCAACGUAAAUACCAAGUCUGGCUUUGCGAACACUGUUGAAGGAAUUUCGGGAAGCUUGAUCCAUUCCCUUUUGGAUACUAUCGAUGAUCAUUCAGUGGUUGCCGAUGCAGCGCUAAAUUAUCUCACGGCUGGAAGAGAUACAACCGCUCAAGCAUUGACCUGGUUAUUUUACUGCCUCAUGAAACAUCCAGAUGUGACAAAAGCAAUCCGAACUGAAGUCGACAAUGUGGCUAAAGCUGCCUUGAGCGUUGAAGACGCAUUCUUGGACCUUCAUCGAAUCGACACUGCAUUGUUCCAAGCAUCCAAGCUCCCGUACACUAUGGCUGCUUUCUACGAGGCUUUGCGAUUAUAUCCCCCGAUUCCAUUCGAGUUCAGGCAGUGUAUGAAAGCCACUACACUUCCUGACGGAACCUUCUUACCAAAGGAUACCGUCCUUCUUUGGUGCACAUGGGCCAUGAAUCGCUCGCGACAAACCUGGGGCAAAAAUGCCGACGAAUUUCGACCCGAGAGAUGGUUUGAUGACGGCAACUUGAUUACAAAGACUGCUUUUGAAUUUCCGGUAUUCAAUGGUGGACCGAGAAUUUGUCUUGGGAAGAAAAUGGCCGAGAGCGUUGCUGUGCAGGUCAUUGCGGCAUUUGUACUGCACUUCGAUUUCAAAGCUCUGGACAACAAUGAGAAGUUUAGUAAGAAUAGCUUGACCUUGCCCAUGGAGGGUGGGUUGCCUUGCAAUGUAAAGAUUCGGAAUCACAAUACGGGGCGGUAA